AUGGGUAUAACAGUCCAGGAUUAAGAAAAAAGAUGCAUGAUUUUCCAUGGAAACCAGGAUAAAUACCUUAACUUCCAAUACGUAGUUUUUGGGCGUGGCGAUCAUGAUAUAAAUCUGCAUGUAAAAUCAGGAUCAGGAGAGGAGAAUUUCUUGCGAAUGAGAGAAUUAAAGUAGAGCUUCAAGUUCCAAUCCAAUAGAAGACUUGAGUUGUGCUUCUAAUCAUUAGACUAUCACUCUAAAACCAUAGAUUUCCAUGCAGUGGUGGAAGACCAGGAGUUUUUGCAGUCGUCAGGACACGUAACAAUCAAUCACAUAGACGAGCAAAUGCAUAAAAUCAAAGAAACCUUGCAAUAAUUCAGGGUAGUCUCUUCUAACAUUUACUACAAGAGUGAGUAAGACGAGGAACUAUAAAGGGCAUCGAAAUCAGUCAUUUCAACAUUCAAUUGGCUAUCAGUGAUCAAACUGCUGCUAAUGCUGCUGGUUUGUGGACUUCAAGUUUACUUUGUGACUUAAUUCUUUAACAACUCAGCUUCCAAGAGAAAUAAGAUUGGUGGUUUCUUGGGAGUCUGA